CAGACAGAUUGUUAUUUUCUUGUUUGCCUCAAUGUGUCUUUAGACAGUAAAGGCUGCUGACCCCUGAUCUAGAGGCUCUAUACUAAUGUAGCCUCCCGAGUGACCCGUCAGUGUAACGACGUCCGGGGUUACAGUUACAGUUACAGCACCACUCUGACUCAUCGGUCCAGGAGCUGACAUUACAAGUGAAGGAUGUCAUCCUUUCCCCAAGCUUGUAGAACCCUCCACGUGUCACCUUCAUCCAGAGAACACGCCUGUGAACCAGUUGGGAUGAUUUUGAGCCAAGGUGGAUGUUUGACACAUGAUCAUGGGCAGAUGUUGGGACCUGAGCUCGGUCUGAUGGAGAUGUCAGAGGUUGAAUAUACACACCUUCAGCACCUCAUCCAGGCCCACAUGGAGGCACACAUUGCUCCUCCAGAUGUGCCUGAUGCCAGAUCUGCUACAUUGACGGCUAAAGACGGCACUGGAUCCGUGGUGAUUUCCCCUUUCACAACCACUCAAGCUAUUGACCUAUCAACUUCAACUGAGGAACACUGUCUGGUGAUGCCAGGAGAGAAGACACCAGCUUCUUACGGAGAGGUUCCGGGUUUUGUGCUGGCCAGAGUCAGAGGUGCAGACAGCCCGACUGAACCACGCGCCAACAGCAGCACAUCUUCACAGAACCGAUCCAGAUCAGCUGCUAGAGUCUGCUUGGAGAAAAGGUUUAACACCCUGUCUGCUGACACCCCAAGACAGCAAGAUAUUCAGUCUGCAGUUCUCAGCAAUUUUUGGACAAUGCUUCAGCAGUCUGCAGAGGCUCAGGAGGCAGCCAUACACUCCCAAAUGCACAAGUGGAUGAAAACUGACAGGGCAAAUCCUUAUGAGGUUUCCAGCCCAUUUGUAGGGGGUUCAUUUAACCCAGUCACCAACACGUGUGAACAACCUCAGGUGAUUGGCCAUAUUCCUCACAUGGUUGAACCUAACAACCAUCCAGGUUUAAUCUUCCCCACGAGUUUCUCGUUUAAUUUCCGCCCAGAAAGGGUUGUUACAAAAGCUCACUAUACAAGCAAGUCAACAGAAGAGCAGCAGUUGGCGAACACAGAAAGUGAUGUGGCGACACAUGCUGCCCUCAGGAAGCACGCUAGUACCCACAGCUCUCAACCCAUCAAGGCUGCUUCGGCCGCCCCAGACUCCGCUGGAGAAUCAGGGAGCAGCACCAGGAGAACAGCUCAACCUCAUAUGUCACUCAUUCAGCGCAGGGAGAGACACAACACAAAGGAGAGGGAACGCAGGAAGAGGAUUCGUCUGUACUGUGAUGAGCUGAACAUGCUGGUGCCAUUCUGUGAGUCGGAUACAGACAAAGCCACCACCCUGCAGUGGACCACUGCCUUCCUCCGAUACCUCAAUAAAACGUAUGGAGACACCUUAAAAGAGGAGUUUCAAAGGACAUUCACUGAUGAGAAAGGACACUUUCUUAAAGCCAGCCCUUCUUCAGGCCAGGACCCAAUCCACCGGAACAUGGACGACAAUCUGAGCAUUCCUCAUGCGGUAGAGCAAUAACCCUCUCACUACUUUAUCUAAUAAAUCAGCAAGAUAGUUGAGUACAUUUUAAUUCAAUAUUUAAGCUUGGGUUGUCCCAUGCGGUCUGGAUAUGUGUUAGGUCAAUGUGUUGUAACAUUUUUCAAUGACAAAAAGCAUCCUUUUGAGAGGAGCUCUGCUUCUGAUAGCAUCACAAUGAUUUAGAAAGUGGAAGGUUUCCCGUCUCAGACCACGUGAUGCUCAAACAAGGCUGGUUUUGUCCAGCUGCAUCUCAAAACCACAAUUCAUCAGGCAAGUGUUUGAAGCGUCAUGCCAUUUCUUCUACCGCUGAUAAAUUAUAUUCCCCCUUAAGAGACAAUAUUUGUACAAAAAAAAGGGCUUUUCAUAGAGUCAUACACAGGUGGCACUGUUUCCCUUUGAAAACUGCAGAGAUAGUGCUUUUCAGCUAUCAUACAUUUAGCAAGUUUUAACUUUAAGUGCACCUUUUAUACGCUUGAUUAAAAUUUAGUACAUUUUUAAUUAAAAUAAGUGUUCAUACAGUAUGUUCAGUUUUCUUUUCCACAUACAUCCAUUGUUUAGUCAUAUGUUAGUGUAAAUGCACUUAAAUAUUUAAAUUUCAAUAAUUUUGCAUGGAAAUAAAUGUUGCUACUUUGUUAUUUAAUGGGAUUACUUGAUUUUCAUGGUGUUAAGCAUAUUACUCUGACGUACAGACUGUUCAUUUGAUAUGUAGAGAAGAGUAAUGUUUUACUGAAAAGUGGCUUUAUUUGUUCUUUCUUACAACAUGUCGCUGUAGCAUCUUACUGUACAUACAACAGUCACCCACAAAUAAUAAAUAGUAUUUCAGGUCAUGUAUAUUUAAUAGUUACAGCACCGGUAGUACAUAGUGGAUGGGGUCAUUGUAGUUUAAAAAAAAAAAGAAAAGAAGAAAAAAAAAACAUUGCUCCUAAGAGUCUUAAAUUUAUUUUACAAUGUCUGAUUUAUGCAUCCACAAGUUUUAUUUUGUUUUUGAUUCUCAGAUCUAGAGAAUCAACUUCACAUGUAAUAAAAAAAACAAAUAAGCUGUAAAAAAA